AUGGUCCAAAAAAUGGUCCAAAAAAUAGUCCAGUCCAUAUUUUACCCUAUGCCCGUGUUAGCAAAAGGGCUUAAAUUUAUUGAAACACCCGUGACAAAUGAAAAUAAGAUCAGGCAACAAUUGUUGCGUGACUUCGAACAAUUCGCUAGGCGAAUGAGACUUAGAUAUAUAUUCCACGGGAAUGACAAGGAACCACAUCCUUUUCACGUCAAAUCAAACUGGAUACCACCAGUACAACCUUCUAUUGCCCUUGAACGCUACUUCGAAAAUAUCAAGUUAAGCCUUGCUGAAAUAGAAAUAACAAAGCCAAAACACAACCUGUCAUACAACGAACACAAAGCAGUCAAAGAACUGCAAAACAAUACUGCCAUCAACCUUAAACGUGCUGACUAAGGCACCACAACAGUGAUUCUCAACAAGAGAGACAAAAUUCAAGAGGCCCAGGUUCAGCUCGACAACAGAGACCACUACCGACCUCUUGAAAACCCCAUGGUCACUGACACAUUAAAAAAAGUCAAUGAGCUUAUUGCUCAACUGCACAAUGGCAAACAUAUAGACGAUAUGACAAAAAAGUGGCUUUCACAGACUCCCAAUCCGCCCAGAAUACCGAUUUUCUACACUUUAACAAAAAUCCACAAACCUUUGCCAGUGGGUAGACCGAUUAUAUCGGGCUGCGAAGGACCAACUGAAAGGAUAUCAUCCUUUGUGGAUCAUUUAUUACAGCCUAUUGCUCAAAAGCAAACAUCGUAUCUCAAAGAUACGACUGAUUUCAUCAACUUUAUAGAGAAAACGCAAGUGUCAAAUGAUACUAUUUUAGUAUCAAUGGAUGUAACAAGCUUGUACACAAACAUCCCACAAGAAGAGGGUAUCACAAUAGUAUGCCAAGCAUAUGAAAAAUACCACAAUAACAGCCCUCCCAUUCCGUCCCACUACUAA